AUGUAUCGAAAACAAAACAUAGAUGGGCCGGUCAUGAGAAGAAUCGACGAUAGAUGGACUAAAAGAACGCUAGAGUGGAUCCCAUGGGACGCUAAACGCCCCCGAGGGAGACCGCGAACGAGAUGGGGUGACGUGUUCGCUGCACGGAUGGACCAGCUGAGAGCUCAGCUGGAUACGGCUCAAAGACCUCGUCAACGUCACUCACGAAGCUUGAGAACAUCUUGGAUGACAAUGGCGAGGGAACGAAACGAAUGGAAGAGAUGCUGGGGCCCGCACGUCCAGUGA